UAUGUAAAAUUAAAUGAACGAAUCAACUGCAUCUUGAUUCAUUCAUUAGACCAAAGACUGUAAAAGAACACCUUUCGAAAUGACUCCACUUCUAUGGGCACUGCUAUCAAUUUUAAUUACAACAAUUGAUUCGAAAGAUUACACGGGUUACAAGCUUUUCAAAGUAAACAACACGGACAAUGUACUGCAAUUUAUCGAAAGCUUCAACAUCUACGAAUUGAACGGCGUGGACAUAAUGCUAAUCAAUAGGAACGCUACACAUGCUUUGGUGUCUCCGCAUGUACAGAUGGAGUUCGGUGCGUUGUUACAACAAUUGAAUGCAACGUAUACCAUUGACAACAACAUCCAGAGAAAAAUUGAUGCUGAACAACUUCGACGAAGAACCGGACGCCACGGAUUUCAUGAAAAACAAUUUUUCGAUGCCAUUCGACCUUUGAAAGAGAUUCAAAGUUUCGUUUCGAAACUCGUGAGAGAACAUGCAAAUGUAGCAAAACUAAAAUCGAUCGGAAAAACUUACGAAGGAAAUGAUAUAGAAAUGGUAGUUAUAUCCGACAGCAGUGAAGCGAAACCAAAGUUAAUAUUUAUAGAAGCUGGAUUACAUGCACGAGAAUGGAUUGCUCCGGCCACAGCACUGUAUUUCUUGCAAAAUAUCGUCGAAAAUUUUCAUAAUUUUUCGGAAAUAUUACGAGAUGUUGAAAUCAAUAUUGUUCCAGUGGCUAAUCCAGACGGUUACAAGCAUACUUUCACUACGGAUCGCUUGUGGAGAAAAAAUAGACAGCCCAAUGAAGGAUCCACUUGCAUUGGUGUGGAUCUGAAUCGAAAUUUCGGGUAUCAUUGGGGCGAAACUGGAACAAGUGAAGAUCCUUGCAGUGAGUCGUACGGAGGUGAUCGUGCAUUUUCUGGCUUGGAAAGUACUUACAUUGCUCGGUAUUUGGUUGCGAAUAUGAAACGUCUGGUAUCGUUCGUGGAUUUACAUUCGUAUGGCAAAGACAUUUUUUAUCCGUACGGGUAUCGAAAGAACACAUAUCUCAACAAAGACUACAUGCAUAGCAUGGCCCAGCAUAUCGAAAGUGCAAUAUCCAAAAACCGAGGUACCAAAUACGAAAUUGGCACCGCUGCCGAUCUAAUAUACGAAAGCUCGGGCGGUGUUGAUGAUUAUGCUGCGGGCGUACUUGGUGUACCGUUAACAUUUACCAUUGAAUUGCCACACGAUGACUUUCUCAUACCAGCAGAGGAAGUUGAACCGAUUGGAAGUGAAACAACCGAUGGUUUAAUUGAAUUAUUACGAAUUGUAGUUGACUAUUGAGUUUUGUGUAAGAAUUUGUGAAGAAAUAAAAUAAUUGCAUAACAGGUA